AUGAACUCUACCUUGAUUACCCCAGACCAUUUGAAGGCUCGUCUAGCUGAAGCCAUGCCAGAACUUUAUACUGCUAUUGUCACUGAUACUUCUGGUGGUUGUGGACAAUCUUUCACAUUGGUUGUUGUUUCAAAUGCAUUUGUUGGGUUGAAUAGAAUCCAACGUUCUAGAUUGGUCAACCAAGCAUUAAGUGCUGAAAUUGCUGAAAUCCAUGCCUUUUCAUGUAAAUGCUUUUCUGAAGAUGAAUGGGCCAAGCAAGUUGUAUGA